AUGGAUGAAGAGCUUAAAAAAUUGAAUGAACAUGAUUUGCUUGAAAAGCUCCGUCAAAGGCUAUUGAAGAAUCGGUAUCUUGUUGUUUUUGAUGAUGUCUGGGACAUUGAGGUAUGGAAUGAGCUGAGAACUGCAUUCCCCAAUGACAAGAAUGGAAGUAGAAUCAUCUUUACGAGUCGAUUUUCUAAUGUAGCUUCAGAUUCAAAGGUUCAAUAUGGUGGAGAACCUCACUAUCUUCACCCACUCAGUGAGAAAGAAAGUUUCGAAUUGCUGCAGAAGAAGGUGUUUGGAGAAGAAGAAGAAUGUCCUCAAGCAUUGCAUGAAUUGGGAAUGGAGAUUGCCAAAAAGUGCUGGGGAUUGCCACUUGCACUGUUGUUGUAG